AAUAAUAGCGUUUACAUUUUUAAAAAAAUUUCCUUACAUACCCUCAAUCAAUUCUCCUUUCCCAUAUCUUUCUUUGUGGCCUAGACUCUUCUCACCAUUUCCAAUCACUAACAACCUUAAAAAAACCACACACAAACUAAACAUAACCAUACUAUGCUUGAAUAGAAUCUCUUCACUUUGUUGUUUCAUAACUUAGAUUCUACACCAUGAAUAGUAAUCCAAACAGUUCAACCAGACAUGUAUCAGAUGAAACCCAAGAAAAUGAACAGUUUACUGAAAUCAGAGAAAUCCAUGCCUUAACACCACCGCGACUUCCACCACCAACCAACAGCGGCCAUAACCACCGUUCAUCUUCCUUAUCCAUUGCCAGCAGCAUAGAUAGUGAGAACUUCACAACUAUAAGCAGAGAAUUCAAUGCUUUGGUUCUAGCAGGAUCGACUAUUGACCACAACAACAACAUAACUCCUCAUGCCCAUCCUCAUGAUCAAUACGAAGCCAGCAGCAGCAGCAACAACAACAACAAUAAUUUGGGGAGGAUUAGAGAAGAACAUAUGAUGGAAGAAACAAACCCUUUGGCGAUUGUAGUUGAUAACAACCCUUUAGAUCCUGUUCAAUCUCCUACUACCAGAAGAGUUGUGGCUGGUGGUAACGGCAGCGGCGGCGGCCAUGGUACACGUGUCGGUGGCGAAGAACAACACGUGUCGGUUGAUAAAGUAAAGAAGGAGGAAGUUGAUGCGAAGAUAUCAGCUUGGCAGAACGCUAAAGUUGCUAAGAUUAACAACAGGUUUAAGAGGGAAGACGCUGUUAUCAAUGGCUGGGAAGGUGAACAGGUUCAAAAAGCUACUUCAUGGUUGAAGAAAGUUGAGAGGAAGCUGGAGGAGAAAAGAGCAAAAGCAUUGGAGAAAACACAAAACAAAAUAGCAAAAGCUCAUAGAAAAGCAGAAGAGAGGAAAGCAUCAGCAGAGGCAAAAAGAGGAACCAAAGUGGCCAGAGUUCUUGAAAUUGCUAACCUUAUGAGAGCAGUUGGAAGACCUCCUGCCAAAAAAUCUUUCUUCUAAGUUUUUUUUUAAUAUUUUAAUUUUCAAAAAAAACUUUUAAUUUAGACACAAAAAGGGAAAAAAUAAACUUUUCCUUUUUAAUUAGUUAAAGGGUGCAAUAAGGAGUAUAUAAAAUUAGGAAGAUAAAGAGAUAUGUAUCAUAUAAUAUAUAGUUUCUGAAAACCAAUUAGAGUGUUUAUAUGUGAUUGAUUAGUGUUUGAAUGUGGUGAGUAUAUUGAGUGGUGUGGUGGUGACAUGAUCAUUUGAUCAUUGUGGUUGUUACACACUUUGGUGUUUUGUAUAUUAAUUUUGUUUAAUACUUUUUGGAAAACAUUUGCUUCCA